AUGGGGUUCGUCAAGUCGCGCCUCGCCGACGGGCUCUGGAUGUCGACGGCGGGCGGAGAGAUCUCAAAGACGACGUCGGGCCAGCCGGUGGACACGCAGCUGAUCGACAUCCCCUUCGACCGCUGCCAGAUCAAGUCGGGCGGCUACGGCAUCCUCGACGUCCUCUUCCUCAAGGCGUGGGCGGUCGGAGGAGGCGGGACCAUCUUUGGCUCCACCGACGGAGGCAGGUCCUGGCAGAAGGACAAGUCGGCGGACGACUUGCCAACCAACCUGUACAAGAUCAAGUCCUUCUCCAACGGGCGCGUCUACAUCCUCGGCUCAAACGGCGCGCUCUCCCCUCGCCGCGCGCUCGGGCCGCAGACCUGCACGCGGCUGAGCACUGCCCGCCGCCGCAGGCGUCCUCCUCUCGAACACGGCCUAGGCACGCCAGCCCCCUCCUCCUCUCUUGGCGGCUCCGGCAGCGCCCUCACCGCUUGGGCCUGCUCAGCAUCGUAA